CUACUGAAUCAUGCGGUGGUUAGUUACCACGUUGCUAUGUUGCUCCCUGGCUCAUGGGCUCAAGGAUCUCGGAGCUCCGAACUGGUCGUGUGACGCUAGUGUUAUGGCAAAGAGUAAGAAAGUUCCCACCAGUGCUCAUAGUGUUCGAUUUGCUGAUAUCAAGGUUAUUGGAGCACUUGGGGACUCGUUGACUGCAGCCAAUGGUGCUGGAGCUCAACCAGGAGACCCGCUGGCAGUCAUCCUGCAAUAUAGAGGACUUGCCUUCCAGAUUGGAGGUGAUAAAAGCCUUGAUGAGCACAUUACUGUUGCAAAUGUACUAAGAAAGUUCAAUCCAACCUUGGUGGGUGCCUCAAAAGGAAUCGGCUCGGAAAACGUAUGGGAAGUUUCUCACUUGAAUAUGGGAGUUCCUGGAGCUGAAUCCAAGGAUAUUAUCGGUCAGGCAAGAGCUCUGGUCAACACUAUGCAUGCUCAUUCUGAAAUUAACGUGAAAGAAGACUGGAAACUUGUCAACAUUUUCAUUGGGGCAAACGAUAUUUGUGUCUAUUGUGAAGAUCCGUACUUCAACUCGACGGCUCUUCAUGGAAAUGCAACUUUUGAGAAGAAUAUCAUCGCAGCUGUUCAGAUUCUUCAGGAUAAUCUGCCAAGAACAAUUGUCUCACUGACCGGAAUGUUCAACAUGAGAAUGCUUCGUAAGAUUGACAAGAAGAAGUAUUUCUGCGAAGGACUUCAUACAUUCGAAUGUGAUUGUGAGUCCAACAAACAAUUCACUGAUGAUGAUAUUCAAGGAGUUUGCUUCGGAUAUAUGAAUGCUGAAAAAGAUAUUCAAAACACGGGAUUAUUCGAUAACAAGGAUGAUUUCACGUUUGUAGUUCAACCAUUUUUCAACGGGAUUCUGGAUCCACCAUACGCGAGCCCAGGAGUUGUUGACAUGACAUUCUUUGCUCCAGAUUGCUUCCAUUUCUCGGCUUACGGGCAUGGAAAUAUUGGAAUGCAUCUUUGGAACACAAUUGUUCAACCAGUUGGAUUCAAACAAACCAGUGUCAAUUUGAGUGAUCCUUCAGUUGGAUUACAUUGCCCAAGUACAAACUGUCCGUUCUUCCCGACUACAAAAAACAGCAAUAACUGUGCUUCACACUUCACGUUGAGCGAGCUAGAUUAAACUUUUUCGCGAAUAUUCAAUUGUUUUCAAAUGAACUUUAUGAGAAGUGUUAUGUAUUCGAUAAAAAAUUGCAAAGUUUGC